GACCCCUAUGAAACAGUGGAGUCGCCGGAGAGCGCAGAAAGUGUUACUACGGAAGGAACAGAGCAUGGGAGUGGUGAAUAUUCUCGAGGUGCUGCCAUUUACCCGUUUUCGGAGAGGGAAAGUGGCUUGAUAUUAGAACGCAGUGUGGAUAAUUACGAAAUUUUCCACCAUGCCAGGGUCGGAGGAUCAAGAAUCGGCGUUCCUGCUAAGAGAAGAUCCAUCAAUCGACUCACUGAAGACAUCAAUGCCAUGGGAGUCGCUAAACGGACUGAAAAACAGAUCGAACAAAAAACUCGUGAUGAGAUUAAAAUCAUGGAAAGAUAUGGAACCGCACUGGCCAGCGAAACGGGAAAAACAGGCGGCGGCAAAAUGGCGACUCUGCCGCGACUAACUGCAGGCCAAAAGCGAGUAUUCGAAGCGAUAAAAGAAAGACCCAGUCGAGGGAGGAUAGAGGUCGGGCAAAACCCAACUAUGGAGAGCACCUGUAAGGAAGAAAUGGUGGCGCAGCCGCUGACGUCAGAGCAACCACAGCAAAGGCGAGCGCAUUCAAAAGAAUAA